UUUCCAAUUCCAGUCUUUUCUCUCUCUCAGUUGUAGACUGGAUUUUUUCUCAACUUUCUGUAGAGAAAGUAAAAGAGAAGCAAGUCUGUUUUGCUAUAAAUAGGAGUUUCUUCUCUCUCCUCAUUCUCUCUCUUAUUGGUGAGGUUGCUGGUGUUCAAGUUUUCUCUCUCUCUCCUCGUUAAUCCCACCCACACCAGAAGCGAACAGGAUUGUGAGAUUAUUCAACAGAAAAAAAGAAUGGCGAGAGAGAAGAUUCAGAUCAAGAAGAUCGACAACGCAACUGCGAGGCAGGUGACCUUCUCGAAGAGAAGGAGAGGGCUUUUUAAGAAGGCCGAGGAGCUCUCCAUCCUCUGCGAUGCUGAGGUUGCUCUUAUCAUUUUCUCUGCAACUGGAAAGCUUUUCGAGUAUUCCAGCUCAAGUAUGAAGGAGAUACUUGAAAGACAUAAUCUACACUCAAAGAACCUUCAGAAACUUGAUCAGCCAUCUCUUGAGCUGCAGCUAGAGAACAGCAACUAUGCGCGGUUGAGCAAGGAAGUUGCAGAGAAAAGCCAUCAACUGAGGCGAAUGCGUGGAGAAGAUCUGCAAGGAUUAAAUAUAGAAGACCUGCAGCAACUAGAGAAAUCCCUUGAAACGGGACUGAGCCGUGUGCUAGAAACCAAGGGUGAACGGAUUAUGAAAGAAAUCAGUAACCUCGAGAGAAAGGGAAUGGAACUGUUGGAGGAGAAUGAGCGAUUGAAACAGCAAUUGCAGAUGAUGGAGAUGUCCAAGGGACAAAAGCACGUCGGUGCGGACUCAGAGAACAUAGUUUAUGAAGAAGGCCAGUCGUCGGACUCUGUCACCAAUGUCUGCAGCUCCUCUGGUCCACCCCAAGACUACGACAGUUCUGAUACAUCGCUUAAGUUGGGGCUACCAUUCUAGCUGAAUGUGCGAGGAAGGACGGAAGAGAUAAAUAGUGUAGCCAGGAAGAGGAGGCUGCUCCAAGAUAUAUCGUUGUUAUCAAACGUAUUGGCAUUGUUAAAAUAGAAAUCUAACCCAAAUUGUAUGUAUUAUAUUAUAAGCUAUACAGUUGAAGUGAUCAGAAUGCUCUGUCCAGAUAAACAUAUUUAUGCGGUUUGGUUUUUCUAGUGCAUUUUUCUUCUCUUCCCAUCCCAACAUCCUUCAGGGUAAUGCCCAUAUAUGGUGAUCGUCUUU